CAUCACCAAAACGAGACUGUUUGGUCUACCCUUAUCCCUGAAAUUUUCUGGGGUUCUGGGUUUCUCGGGUUUAAGCCUAAGCAAGAAAAGAAGAAGAAGAAGAAGAAGAAAAAGAGGAGAUACAAACCUCACCGGCUGGAUUAUCAAACUUCAAUAGUCAAUUCACGUCUUUCUGGUAUGGCUCUACAACAUGCACCAUAUUUCGAGUAUUUGUUCUCUUCGGCAAAAGAGAAAAGUGUAAAAGUUUCUCCUUCAUUCGCUGGCGCUACUCCUCUACUGAAAGCAAAACAAAGAAUUUCCCCAAUUUCUUCCACAAGGAUGGAGUGUUCUGGUCUAUCACCACCAAACUUUCUAAAGACACCUUCUCUGGCUGGUAGGUUUGAAGGAAUUAGAUCAAGAGCUUCCAGAACAGCAGAAAAACUCAAGUCUGGGGACGGGAAGAGAGCGGAAGAAGAAUCUAGUGGUAGUGAUGGUGAUGAUCCCUUACUUAUGGACGAUGAAGAGAGACGUGACUGGAGGAGGAAAAUUAGGGAAGUGGUUGAUAGGAACCCUGAUAUCGAGGAAGAGCUAGAUCCCGUUGAGAAGAAGAAGAUGAUGCAAAAACUUUUGGCCGAUUACCCCCUUGUUGUGGAGGAGGAGGAUCCUGAUUGGCCAGAAGAUGCUGAUGGGCGGGGUUUCAACUUGGGUCAAUUUUUCGACAAAAUUACUAUUAAGAAUGUUAAGAAAGAUGAUGAUGAGAAUUAUGAUAGCGAAAAUGAAUUGGUGUGGCAAGAUGACAAUUAUAUUCGUCCAAUCAAAGACAUCACCACUGCAGAAUGGGAAGAGACUGUAUUCAAAGAUAUUAGUCCUUUAAUUGUCCUUGUACAUAAUCGAUAUAAAAGACCAAAGGAAAAUGAAAAGAUUCGAAAUGAAUUGGAGAAAGCCAUUCACAUCAUAUGGAACUGCAGGCUGCCUUCACCAAGAUGUGUUGCAAUUGAUGCUGUUGUUGAGCUUGAUUUGGUCUCUGCUCUAAAAGUGUCUGUCUUCCCAGAGUUAAUCUUCACUAAAGCAGGAAAGAUCUUAUACCGGGAGAAAGCCAUUCGAACAGCAGAUGAGUUUUCAAAAAUAAUGGCAUACUUCUAUUAUGGAGCAUCCAAGCCCACUUGUUUGAAUACCAGUGGAAAUAGCGAAGAAGCAAUUCCAACUGUUCCGGUCAACAACGGACAGUGAUAAACUGAGAGAUGUACCAAUAUAUGCAUGGCACAGAGAAUGAAAAGUUAGGAGGGUUACUGAUGCAGUGCUUGCCAUAUGGUUGUAUCUGACGGAUGCACUGAAACAUUCCGUUUUAAUGAAGUUUUCAGGGCUACAUCUAUGAAAUAUGAGUAAUUUUCAUUUUUACAUAACUUUGUUAUUUAUGAGAGAUAAGUAAGAUAAAUGGGACUAUUUUGAUUAACUACAUUACCAAAUCAUAUUUUGUCUGGUAAGUUUCUUGCA